GCCGAGGGGAGGAUAGAGCGCAGAGCGGCGGCAGCGGCACCGCCGGGAGCCCGGGCCUGCCCUCCGCCCCUCCGCCGGGAGCCGGGCCUGCCCUCCGCCCCUCCGCCGGGAGCCGGGCCUGCCCUCCGCCCCUCCGCCCCGGCCCCGAGCGCAGCCGCCGCCCCCCGCGCCCUUCCAGGUACCCACUCGGCUCACCAUGAAGCUCCUGACAGCAGCUUUGCUUCUGCUGCUCCUCGCCAUGUGCUUGGCCAGCGCAGAAGGCGUAAAGUGCAAGUGUUCAAGAAAAGGUCCUAAAAUAAGAUUCUCUAAUGUACGGAAGCUGGAAAUAAAACCGAGGUACCCAUUUUGCGUGGAAGAGAUGAUUAUCGUGACUCUGUGGACGCGGGUGAGAGGGGAGCAGCAGCACUGCUUAAACCCCAAACGCCAAAACACAGUGAGGCUGCUGAAGUGGUACAGAGUAUGGAAAGAGAAAGGCAGGGUUUAUGAAGAAUAAGAGGAAGCAGCAUGAGGAAUGGAGCAGACUCCCUGGGCUGCUGUAGGACUGGGCUCUGCAGAUGAUUAUUUCUCUCACAGACAUAAGACACAAAUACUAUAUUAUUAUAAAGCACUUUUUACCAAGGGUCAGUUUUUACUUUUUAUAGCCGUGUACAAAAGGCUUCCAGAUUUCACAAGCAUCUGUUGCACUUCAGAUUUCAUACCCAUCUGCUCUGUACCAAGACUGGGAAAACUCAUGCUUUUCAUUUUAAAGAGGUUGGGUUUGGGGGUCGAGGUUUUUUUUUUUUUUAUUGUUAUUCAUUCAUACUUCACUAUGAUGGCAAUCGAGCUUUAUAAGCUCAUUAGACAAACGUAUUUGUAAAGGCGUUAUACAGCUGUGUCCCUCACCCUCUCGCAGGGGGAAAGCUCCGAUGCUGUGGUUGGUUGGCAGGUUUGGAGCCUCCACCACAGUCAGGCAAACCGGGGCCCAAAGAUAAGUUUGCUGGGGAAGACGCCACUGGAAUGUCGUGGCUGUAACUGCAGAAGUGAGGUCCCUCAGCACAUCGUCAAAUGAGUAUGAGCAUCACUCGUGUACCUCCUUCUUUCAUGGACUUGAGGUCUUGCUGCAAGGUGAAGCACACUACAUCUCCCAUGUGAUGUUUCAUGCAUUAGAAAGCGUUUCUAGGUCAUUUUUAUUACUAAAGAAAACGUUUAUUUUUUUUUUCCACCUGAAGUUCUUACAGAAAGUUCGUGGCUUCAGUACUGAGACAUUUUAAGCUUCAAGACUAUUGUGUAUGAUUUCCUAGAUUUGUAGCAAUGAAAAAAAGCCUUUAAAAGGUACCUUUUUAUGAAAAAUAUGAUAGGGCAAACAUAAAAAUACCUAUAUAUGUUUUAGUCACAAUACAACUUAUUAUUUUGAAUGUAAUACUUCAAUGUUAAGCAGUGCAUUCCUCUUUUUUAAAAUAACAAAAUCUACCUUUUCAUUUGUAAAUAUACUAUAGGAAGUCUCCCUAUAUUAUCUUUCUGUAUGAUGUACUGUACUGCUAAAUUAUCAUAUGCUAUUUAAAUGUUCAAAAUAUUUAGAAGGUUGCAUGCAGAUUUCAUAUUUCUUUCUAAGACAAAUGAAAAAAAGU